ACUUGCCCUGCCGCUAAGACUUUGGAUACGUGCCAGUAGCGGUAAUUCUCGGUCUUGUAGUUUUGUAAUUCAAAUAAAAUGCAUUUUGUUGUUAUAUUAUAAGUGCUAUAUUGAGUAAAGUGGUCACGGUAGUUGAAUGAAUUUUUCUUUCUCACAGAUGAAUGGGGAAAUCGAACUGGUAAGAAGUUCUACCGUUCAAAAAAGCUUUCUGAAGUCGCCAUCAUGUAGACCAGCUCUCCAAAGUGCAGACCACCUCACUUCCUCAGACCUUUCCUUGUAUAGUACGACCGUUUCUCGAAUGUCAGAAGUCGUACGCUCUGAUCUCGAUCAUCUUUCUGAUAUUGGAAUUGGAAGUAACACUACACCUGAAACUUUUGAGAACGCUCGAAAAGAUCGUGACUUAUCCCGUAAUCCCCCAAAUAGCUCUGGCAUAAUUUUAACACCAGUGUCCUGUCAAGGGUGUCAAGUAUCUACACCUUUAACAGAAGUUUGUGACUCACUGUCUCUUGGAUCACAAUUGACUAGUUCUUGUGUAACUAGCUCUGAUGAUCUGAACAGAAACCAUUUUCUGUCUUUAAUAAAAUCAAACUCGGAACAUUUGGAUAAGACCUCGUCGGCGUCAGAUGUAGUUGAUUUCGGGAAACUUGCGUAUGGUCGCCUUGAUGGACAGUUGUGCGAAUCAGAAUAUCGAAAUAAACUAAACAAAACACAUAAUUUGACUUCUAUUGUUGACCAGUUAACAGAUCCUACUUGCUUGCGUGCUAAUAAUCUCAGUGCAGAUUAUCGUUUAAUGAGAGCAGCAUUAGAAUCUGGUGUUACAACUGAUACGCUUACAGGUAUUAAUCAAAAAAGCGACACGAAGUGUAUUCAAGCUGAGUCGGACAGUUUAGAUAUUUCAACUGAAUUCGGAGUACCAAGUAAUUUGUGGAACCACCGGAAUUGUGUAGGGGUUACUUCUGCAGACCAUAGCUUCUCAUUUGCCGGGGACACAAUUACGUCUCUUAUGUCUAACACAGAAAUAGAUCAAGAUAGUGUUUUAAAUGAUGGUCAUUGUAGUAACAUUUUCCCCACUGUUCACAGCAACACUCCCACUACUGCGACUAUUGCAGCUAAGCGCCCGAUCACUGGAGCUCAUCAAACUGCACGUUACCCUGCAGUUAAUAAAGGAGGUAUGUGGUCGAGUAAUUCUAAUGGGCUGUCAAACUCUGCACUUGGAUACAUGGUUUCCAAUGCAUGGAGCAGCAACGGCACCGGUGUUUCAGCAAAGUUGGGUAGUAGUCUUGUCACUGAUUCGAAUCCUACAGUUUGUGAUUUUCCUGGAAAUGAAGGUAAUACGGUUUCGUGGUCUCAAAAUUCGUCAGUUCAUCAGACACUUCACAAACCAAACGUCCAGAACAUUCCAAAUAUGGUCGGACCUGUGGGUUUUGGUAGUGGAAUGGCUAACGGUUCCUUAAAUCGGACAGCUGUGUCCGUGGGUCUUGUAUCAGUAUCUACAACCGGCGUCAGUAUUACCAGUAACAAUAAAGUAAAUGAGGCAGGUCUUUCAAAUAUAUAUAGUAUGUUUCCUAAGCGCCCCCAACACCGAAUGAUGGCACAUUGGCAGCAACAGCAACAACAUCAUCAAAAUUCACAGCAAGUACCAUUAGGUAAAGGUCUUAUGAACAUUGUCACAAGUAGUAUCCAACUAAAUGGUAAUCGUGGUAGUUUAACUGGAGUUAAUUCCACUCUCUCAGCUCUACCGAAUGGUUGUGAGGAUUCCGGUGUGAAUAAUAGUUCUGGAAGCUUGAAUAACCACUCUAUCAUCCAGUCGCUAAACAGUGUUGGGUCAUCAUCGUCUGCAAAUAGUUCACUAGUUCUGUGUUCUUCUGGAGACUCUUUCACAAAUACCUUGUCAUUCAACAGCCCAACGUCGGAAAGUUCCUUAGAUAGUUUCAAAUACGGGUUAGAUCAACAGCUUAUGGAAGUUAUCAAAUCUUUUGAAAUCAGUAGCAUUGGAGGUUCUAAUUUAGUUCCUUCGAAUGCAAAUACCACAUCUAUGGGAGGGAUCGAUGAUUUAACAUUGUCAUCUAAUUUUGGAGAGGUAGACCAACAAAUACCUGGUUUAAAUUCUGCAAACCAAAUGCCUGUCUUAGGCUCAUCGUCGAUACACAACUCAACACCUAUGAUAAAUGGUUCAAAUAACCAAAGUUCAGGUUUUAAUAGUCUUUCUAGCUACAACGGGAGUUCAAUGAUGGGUUCAGCUGCAAUGACAAGCCCAUAUUCUAUGUUUGCAAAUAUUUUUACUCGUGAAGAAGGAUUUUCACGCAAAGUAUUCGUUGGAGGUCUCCCACCUGAUAUAGACGAAGAGGAAAUAACUACUGCUUUUCGUCGAUUUGGCCCUUUAAUAGUUGAUUGGCCCCAUAAAACUGAAAGUAAGGCAUAUUUUCCACCAAAAGGUAAGGUGUACCUCAUCCUUUUUCCUCUCCUUUAAAAAAACUUCAUUUAAAGUUUGAGAAUAGUAGUUCCCAGGGAUUUAAUUAGUCAUUAUUUAAUGAAAGACUAAUAACUAUCAUGAAUAACUCUUCAAGCUUUUGGGUCGUUGUAAUCUUGGUCUCACACAAAAAUAUCUUAUCCUUUAGUAAGAUUUCUAUCAAUUCUAAUUAGCUAAGAAAUUGGUAGACGCAUUGUUUAUCGCACCUAAAAUCAAUAUUUGAAGAGAAAAUAAACGUUAUAUUUUAAGUAAUUUCUUGAAGCUAUAUAUUCAGUCUUUCCAAAUAAGUCACAAUCCAUAUAAAUGGGAUUCAGUAAAGUUUUGUUUCACUUUGAUGACAUGUUACGGUUUGUUACUCUUAGUCCUUAUGAACAUAACUUAUCACAUGUCUGAAGUCAGUGAUUAGAAUCUACAUCAUUCAUUGGCGUAAAGUGAACUAACUAGCUUGCACUAAUUAUUGAUUUUUCUCUAGAUAAAACUAGCUCUCAUUGAUUAAAAAAAUCAACUCAAUCAUUUUAGGUUCGUGAAAUAAAUAUCCUGCUUCAUAUUCGUUGAUUUUCAUAGUUCUGUACACUAACCUGUACUACUUGCUGGAUUUCGAUCCGUAGACCUAUACCAUUAAAGAACAAUUCAUUAAUAUUAGUAUGUCAGUACUACCUUCACAGAUUACCUGUUUAUUCUAAAUUUCUGUUUGUUUAGGCUAUUGUUUUCUGCUAUUCCAAGAUGAACGAUCUGUUCAAAGUCUUAUUAAUGCUUGUAUUGUUGAUGAAGGAAAAUACUAUUGGUGCGUAUCAUCACCUACGAUGAAAGAUAAACCCGUAAGUUCUCAUAGUGAUACAUAUUAUCUGAACUUCGUUCGUUCGGUUACACAGUUGUUUCGUCAUCCACGAACAGUGUUUCGAAGACGAAUAUGAUCAAAUGCUAUUCACUUUUCAUAUGUUUUUUAGUUUCACAAUUCCUCAAUAGCUUGAUUUAACAAUGUACGGCUCGAUAAUCAUAGUCAUAAAUGCUUACCGACCAACCGAUUCAUUAUUUUGUCAUCUGUAUUUUCCCUAAUUAUUUGUUUGUCAGUCGAAAUCUGGGGAUGGAUUGUCCACAUAUUUUUAUUACUUGUUCAAAAGAUCUUUCGUGGAUUCUCAUAGUUUAAUGACUAUUAAAGAUCUACAGUCUAUCAGGAUGGUAUAUGUAUGCGCAUAAGUGAAGUAACUUGGUUAGAUACAUUAGAGUUACUGUAUCUAAAAAUAAUCCGUAAAACCCGUUGAAUUUUGUCUUCAUGGAUAAUUUUUUUUAGAAGUUAAGAUGUACAAAGUGCAUUAAAGAUUACUUUUAUUUGUGUAAUGCGUGUGCCGAAACGAAGGGUAUCAGUCGAAUUGGUAGCUAUUUUAUUUAGUACUGUAUACUCUUCGACAUAUGCGUCAUUCGAUUGGUCGUAGAUACAUUAAUUGAGUCGAAUUCUUCAGUAAACUUGUCUAAGCUAUUCGAGUUUUAACCCUAUCUCUUUGUGACGUGAAAAUCCUUUUAUUUUCGGUUUUGAAAUCUAUCUGAAGUGGUUAACUUCAUGACGUAACCUUCACUUUCCAUCUAAAGUACUAUUAUACUGAACGAAGACUUAGGUACGGAAAACCAAUUAAUUUUUUAGUAUAAAAUUACAAUGUCUUCAUAAAAUAUAAAUACCAUACAUUAAGUACUUUAUUUUCACAUCUUCCAUCAAUUGUCUCUUACAAACUGUAUCGUUCGUUCAUUCCUGUUGUUAUUGUAUUUACUCUCUGUCUACAUUCCUGUUUUCUUCAAUUCGAUCUUCUCAACCUUCUGCCAGGCAUUUCACUUCUGAUUGGUGUUACAUACUACUUAUGCUUAUCAACAUAAGUAGCAUACACCUUAUUAUAUCCAGGUCGAAAAAUAAUGUCUCUAGUAUGGUUUACUUCAUGCUGUUUUAUCUAAAAUUAUGUAUGACAAGAGAUGUCUAGUCAAAUUACAUAUUUUAUUGUUGCAUACAUUCUUUUCACAGCAAAAUAUUCUGUUGGUUUGAAACCUCAGACGUAAGUUGGUUUUUGAGAUUCCACGGAAUUUGGAAAUAACCUUUAUCGUAUCGCGCUGUCAAAGAAAAUCAAACAUUGAGAAUCAACUUCCUAGACAUAUUUCUUCCACCUUGUUGUCAAAAUCAUUAGUAUGAUUCACUCACUUCUCUGAACUACUUAACCAAGAUCUUUAGUUCCUUGAUAUGCUAUUUUAUGGUUAAGCUAUUCCAUUUGGUUCCAGCAACUAAUAUUUCCAAUUGUUAAGGGAAGGUGUGGUUGUGAAAUUUUCACCUCACGGCAUUGGUACAAGGAAUCCAAAAUCUAACAAUUAAUCAGUCUAAUCAAUAAGGUUAUUGAAUUUAAUCUACUUCUCGUAUCAAAUAGAUCUAAACAAAUUCAUCGUUUCCGUCUAAUUUGCAUCAAGUUGGAUAUGUCUAUGUGUUAUUUCUGAAUAGAAAGAUUGUAUUGUGGUUAGUUGUUUAGAGAUAGAUUGGUCAUACGUUUCUUGAACAAACAAGUCAGUUGCAACGCAAAACCUGCUACGUAUGUACGUUAGUUCAAGGUGUCCUACCCCAUUAGCACAGAAAGAUAAAAUUUCUGGCCAAAUCCUAAAAUAGUAGAGAUAGUAACAUUAUCAGUUGUAACUGAAUAGAUUAGAGAUCGAAGAUACUAUUC